GGUGUCAAAAUCGUGUCGAGCAAUGUUUUGAACGAGAAAUGGAAGAAUUUGAGAAAAUAAAUGCGAAUUCCGGGCCUCCAAAAGCAUCUUCUGGUUAUGGAAAGUACUUGAUUGGGCUUUCAGGCGUCACCGCUGUCGGUUUGAGUGUCAUUUGUUUCCCAUUUGUCGCUCCUGCCUUCCGAAAAUACUGCCUGCCUUACGUGCCAGCAACAACGAAACAAAUGCAAAACGUUUUCUCGUGUCUGCCCGCGAAAAAGGGUCGUUUACUCGAUAUUGGAUCCGGCGACGGGCGAAUUGUCAUUGAAACUGCCCGAAAAGGCUGGAAAUCCGACGGAGUUGAGUUGAAUUUAUUUCUUGUGCUUUUUUCCCGAAUCGCCGCACUAAAAAAUGGCGUUUCAAGCAACACAAAAUUCUUCAAAAGAGACUUGUGGAAGUUCAAUACGACACCGUAUGACUGCGUUGUGAUCUUCGGAGUCGAACAAAUGAUGCCCGAGCUCGAGACGAAACUUGGCAAAGAGUUAUCGGAAGAAGCGAAAGUCAUUGCGUGUCGAUUUCCGUUCGAACAAAAGCAUUUGAAGCUAAUUGAUGCUAUUGAGGAUGGUGUUGACAGUGUUUGGGUUUACAAAAAAUCAUCGUAGUCUUGAAUUUUUAGCAAAAAAAAAGUAAAUUUACCUGAAAAAAUAUAGUUGUCUUUAUUGCAACAGAAAAUUUUGAG